ACUUCUCCAAAAUUCUUGGUUUUUGGACAGUUUCGAUGGACAUGGGUUGAAACGAAUAUGCCAGCAAGAUAAUCGACUGCUCAAAUCAGUGAAAGCGUAAAUAUGAUAGAAAGGUCAGUCUUUAAAAUGUCCGUGAAUAAGGAUUUAUUGUCGGUGACUUACAAUAUUUUAAGCUUGUUGGACAUUUAAACAUAUGCAGUAAACACAUUUCAUUUAGUGAGCUUAUUUUUUGUCACAUAAGGGCUAUUACAUUAAAAGAUUAAUACCCCAGGGAUUAAAUAAAUUUUCUUCAGAUGAUGAUAAUAUCGGUGAAAAAGGUAUUCCACAAACUAAUCCUGCCAGACCACAUUUCAAUAACAAAUUGAAAACAUAUUGCAUUAAAUAUACUGAACUAAUAAUUUUAAUUUUAAAAAUAAACUGCUUAACUGUUUCAUGCAUAUCUAGUUCAGGAGUGUCUCAUAAACUAGAACUUAACAGCUUUAAAAUAAUUAAGCAAUUUUUAAAAUUAAUUAUUAAUUUAAUAAUUAAUUAAUUAAUCAGUUGACUAUCUGAUGUAAUUUUAAUGUUUCUUCUUUUCUUUUUUUCGCUUUUGCUGAUAGAGACCAAGGUAGGGAAUUUUUUUUUCUUUGCACUAGAGUCUUACAUUAAAAGAUUAAUAAUAAACGUUGGCUUGGUGCCAUGGCAACUAUGGACGAUUAUGCCAGCAGUCAGGUUAUGUGAGACAGUCAUAUUACAAUUGUUACCUUUGAGAGUUAACUAGAAUUCGCUUAUAUUCUUUUUUGAACUUAUGGUAGCUAAGUGUUUUUAUCUUAGUAGGAAUCUCUUCCCAAGUUUUGGUUAUGGCAAACUUAAUUUUCUACAGAUGAUGAUAAUAUUGGUGAAAAAGGUAUCCCAGAAAGUGUAGUGUGAAAGUUGUACAGCUGGUUUCACCCGUUUUUGUACAGCCAUUGAUGAGGUUGAUCAAUUUGUCUAUACAGAGUGGCUGUUUUCCAACUAAAUGGAAAAUGGUGCGCAUCACACCUCUCUUUAAAGAUGGCGACCAAGACUGUCAGGACAAUUUUAGACCGAUCUCCAUGCUCUCCAUAUUGUCUAAAGUCUGUGAAAAGCAUGUUGCUGCCUCUUUUAUGGAUUACCUUGUCAAAACUGGCUUACUGUAUGAAUUGUAAUCAGCUUUUUGCGCAGGGUACUCCACUGAGUCUGAUCUGAUCAGUUUAACUGACCAAAUCCUCUUCAAUCUAGAUGAAGACAAGCUUUCUGGAAUGGUUUUUGUAGACUUUAGAAAAGCGUUUGACGUUGUUGAUCAUCAAUUGCUUCUUACAAAACUGCGGCUGUAUAGAGUGAGUAAUUUGUUUUGAGGGCCACAGAGUCACCCUCUUUAAAUAAAGCCUAUUACUAAUUAUUAUUAUUAUUAUUAUUAUUAUUAUUAUUAUUAUUAUUAUUAUUAUUACUAAACCUGCCAGACAUUUCAAUAACAAUUUGAAAACAUAUUGCAUUAAAUAUACUGAACUAAUAAUUUUAAUUUUAAAAAUAAACUGCUUAACUGUUUCGUGCAUAUCUAGUUCAGGAGUGUCUCAUAAACUAGAACUUAACAGCUUUAAAAUAAUGAAGCAAUUUUUAACAUUAAUUAUUUAAUUAAUAAAUUAAUCAGUUGACUAUGUAAUGUAAUAAAAAAAGAAGAAACAUUAAAAUUAUUUUAAUGUUUCUUCUUUUUUUUUUGCUUUUGCUGAUAAAAAUCAAGUUAGGAAAUUGUUUUUUCAUUGCACUAGAGUGUAAAAUUCUAUUUACUUUGCUUUUCAUUCAGGUAUGAAACUUGAAAAGGAACAUUCCAAUGCAACAAAGCUGGAUGGCAAACAAAGCAGAUAUACUGGCAUUGUCAUUCGUCCUUUUGAGUCAUGUGAUGCUGAUGUGGUUCGUAACAUCUUUGCUGAAAGCAUGGGAGAAAUGCGCAGUCCCCUAGUCCGAGAUGUCAUGUACCAAGCCAUUGUUUAUGGAUUAUAUUUAUCAUUACCAGCAGCAGUGCUAAGUGUUGUAUGGUUUUCUUGGUUUUUAGCACUGUAUUUUAUCAUUUUCAUUUUCAUUUUGAUUGUUUUGUUUGCUGUGUUACACAUUGGUUUCUCAAGGUACAUUCAGCGAUGUUUAGACACUGAUCUAGGAAACAUAGAACAUACAUAUUUCCAGCAAAAGAUGUCGCACUUGUGGGUUGCAGAGUGCAACCGAACAGUAAUCGGUAUGGUAGCUCUCGUUCCCGAUACCGACCACGAAGGAUGCUUUGGAAAGUCUGGGGAAGUUGUCGGAAGGCUUCGGAGAAUGGCUGUUUUACCAGAAUUCCGUAGAUUAGGUGUCGCCAAACAACUUCUUGACACACUUCUGUCUUAUGCAAAGCAAGCUGGGUAUAAACAAAUUGUUUUGCUGACAACCAGUGCUCAAGAAGCUGCUAUUAAAUUUUACACAAAGCAUGACUUCCAACUGGUAUCAAAGAGACUCGCCAACAGAGCAAUGAGAGGAUUUUACCAUUUUGAUUAUUCUUAUGACCUUGAAAGACGGAAAUAAAAUAAAGUAUUAUACGUGAUAAAUAUCAUGAUUUAUUAUAAAAAUUCCUAAAGACGGGCUGUUACAGUCACAUACCAAGAGGUUUUUCACCCAGCUGUUGUUCAAUGACCCCAUAUUAUUGCCAAUUCAUGGAAAAAGAAUUCAAUAAUGACACUGCAGCCACCAAAGCAUGAAACACUGAUUAUACAGCUCAAUGGAGCUGGGUGUUUUCCUAAGGGGUAUGAGCUAGAGAAACCCGUUAACAUCCUCAGACUUUAUACAGCAGCUUAGUGAAUUUAUUGGUCAGUAAGUGAAGUGUUUGUGUGAUGUUUAAAAGAGAGUGAAAACGUGUUUGAAAAAUAAAUAUAAUAU